AUGGCUGAACAACUUAACGGUAAAGUUGCCGUUGUUACUGGCUCCAGUUCUGGUUUAGGAGAAGCAGUCGCUGUUUUGUUCGCGUCUCAGGGUGCGAAAGUGACUCUCUGUGGUCGGAAUGAGGAAAGACUUAGAUCCGUGUUAGAGAAGGUUGUGAAGGCCAGUGGAGGACACGAAGACCGGUUUCUGACUGUACAAGGGGACUUGAAUGAUAAGAACGUUCGUAAGGAGAUCGUUGAGAAAACUGUGGAGAAGUUUGGACGUUUGGAUAUUCUUGUACCCAGCGCUGGUGUUAUUCAUCGUAAUCAAUCAAUUUCAACAGCCUCGGAAGAAAUUUACGAUGAUAUCAUGGACACGAACUUGAAGUCUGUGUUUUUUCUCAUUCAAGAAGCCGUACCCUAUCUGGAAAAGACCAAGGGGACCAUAAUCAAUGUAUCUUCAGCCACUACACAUAUGGCUAUUCCAGCGGUCACCGUAUCCUUGCUAUCAAAAGUUGCGCUUGAUCAUCUGACGAAGUGCUUGGCCGUUGAUCUGGGUGCGAAAGGCAUCCGUGUUAAUUCAGUCAAUCCUGGAUUUUUCCCGACUCGGAUCAUGCGAUAUUUCGGAGACGACGUGGAGAAAAUUAAUAGCUCUGUUAUUGCAUUUGAAGAAGACAAAGCUGUGCUUCGUGGAAGAGUCGGAACUGUUGAGGACUUUGCACAAGCAGCGCUGUUUUUAGCUUCUGACGCCGCUGGAUUCAUUACUGGUGAACUCCUCAAAGUCGAUGGCGGUCGGAGUUAUGGCGGGCAGUUUGCGCUACAGGCCAUUGAAAUGUAA